UGUGGCAGGCGGUAAUAAAUACUCCAGGCGCAGUGUUCCGUCCGUUAUUCCACUCCAACAUGAGGUUCGGUAUCCUCUCCCUGGUGUUGGCGGUGUGCGGUGCUGCUGAGGUGAACCUGCAGCCAAGAGCAGGACCUACCUGCGACCCACCCUUCCUGAUAGUGGGCACGAGUAAGUGUGUUCUUGUGAAUAACAUCAGCGUUGGUUCCUGGCAUGAUAUGAAGCACUACUGCGCACUUCUCGGUGCACAACUGGUCAAGCUCGACAGUGCAUCGGAUUUUGCUGCUCUUGUAAAUUAUAUCAACGGUGAAGGAUUGACGAAAGCCUUCUAUUGGAUCGGCGCCUCGGACGAAACCGACGAAGGCGAGUGGUUAUGGACCGACCUGUCCCCCGUCGCUAUGGGCGCCCCCUUCUGGAGUCCUACUGGAAGUAGCUGCAGCGAAACGGAGCCCAAAGGAGGAGCCAACAGUGACUGCGCUGCCCUUAAUCCUAACAAAUUCUAUUAUUUUGAUGAUCUGCCUUGUUCAAAUACAGCAGGUGUCAUUUGCGAAAAGAUAUAGGUGCAGCUGAUCCUUAAUAAAAUAAAUCCGAAAUCA